CAUGUUACUUUUACUAUCUUUGUGGCCAGAAGGAUGUGUGGGGGAGAAACGAUUCCAAAACUCUUGUACUUUAUCACCGUCGUCCUGUGACCGCCGGCUCUUUCCUCACCAGUCUGAGGUGAGGAUGGUGGACAUGAGCGACACUGCGCUGCUGUGCAAACUGAAUCUUCUGACUUCAUGAAAGAGGCUGUUGUGCAGAGUCAAUCGUGGCCUUCUGUCGACACCCGUCAGUGAAUGGCAGAGUUGUGUGAGACUGGAACACACUGGACUCGCUCUGCUCUCAGAGUUAGGACGGCGGUUUGAUUUUCACUUUCAACAGAUGCACAGCGGGAGUGCAGCGCGGCGGCGUGCUCGCGAAGGGGCUUGUGUGUUCGGGGUUAGUCGUCACCAGCACUGGGCCUGACCAGAAACUGUGAGGGAGAGCGUGUUCCAUGUGUGUGAAGGACCAACCAACAGCAUCAGAAAUGAAUGACAAUAUUUAUUUGCACUAGUCGCAAACAUGCAGCUUCACUUUCACUACAGGAGUGUGUGCGUGUGUGUGUGCGUCCUCGCUGCAGCAUCAUGUUUGUAAAUAUUGCAUCACACCUUGUGGGAGAUUGUGAAAAUGUACUUCCUGAAAUAUGAACACUGUUUGACAUCUGAACGUUUAUUAAAUUCAUGUUGAAUUCAACCGUCGGCGGAGUCUUUCCUCCAGGUAUCUGCCGGGUCUGGAGCUUUGAAAAGAGGUUCCCAUCCAGCUGGACUUCAGGCUCCCUUAUCGUGCGCGACUGGCCGUGACUGGUGCUGGGGUUGUUGUUUGGAGCAUCUUAUUGACGUUAGUGCAGUGUCAGUUUAAAAGCCUCUGACACCAGAGCCAGCAGCACAGGUCUGGAGCCAGCAAGGUUUCCUCCUCACUCCUCCGUCUGAUGGAGGAUCCCACCAGCAUCCCUCACAUCAGCUGUUGCCUGGGAGGCAGAAGUGAUGUAAUCAGUCCCCACCUCACAGAGCAACCCAGGACGGGGCUGGAUGCUACCCGCGUGCGUGUGAAUCGCCGUCAUUUUCCGCUCUAAAUCGAACGAACGGACGCCGCGGUCCAUGAUCAGCGAGCUGUGGGGGACGAGCGGCGCGGUGAUGUUGUCGAGCUGCGCUCCCUGAGGCCGAGGCUGGACGCGGGCCAGGACCACACGGCAGAGGACGCUGCUGCUGCCGCGGUGCUGGAUCUGAUAUCGGCCGCAUCGACCACCAUGGCUCGGGCGUUCUUCCCAACUGGAGCUUGAAAAUGCCUCCGAUUCCGCCUCCUUCCCGCGCAUCGGUCCGCCCCCGCUGCCGCCGCCGUUUUGCCCGUGACGCGAGGUGCUUCUGCGUUUCACCUCCAGCGCCAUCGUCCGUGAAGAGGAACAUGCGGUGUGUGUCCCCAGCUUGUCGUGUGUUUGCGGAGGGGAUGACCGGCGUCCGUCCCGCUGCUGACCGCCGUCAGGCUCCGUAACUUCCCCGGUGGUGUGGAGCGACGUGCCUUUCUGCCUCAGGUUGAAGCCAUGGCCAAUGAACCAGUCAUCCUUAACGUGUAUGACAUGUACUGGAUAAACGAGUACACCUCCAAUCUGGGAAUUGGAGUUUUCCACUCAGGCAUUGAAAUAUAUGGCCGAGAAUUUGCGUAUGGAGGGCAUCCUUAUCCUUUCAGCGGCAUCUUUGAGAUCAACCCGGGAAAUGCUGCGGAGCUGGGAGAGACUUUCAAAUUCAAGGAAGCCAUUGUUUUGGGCACCACUGACUUCACUGAGGACGACAUGGACAAAAUCAUGGAGGAGCUGGGGAAGGACUUCAAAGGGAAUGCCUACCACCUGAUGCACAAGAACUGCAACCACUUCUCCUCCUCUCUGUCCGAGUUGCUCUGUGGACGAGAAAUCCCGCGGUGGGUCAACAGGCUGGCCUACUUCAGCUCCUGCAUCCCCUUUCUGCAGAGCUGCCUGCCCAAAGAAUGGCUGACCCCGGCCGCCCUUCAGAGCCACAUCAGCUUGGGACUGCACAAAGAGGAGCAGGCCGAGUCCAGCGAGGACGAGCGGCCGUCGCCCAGCGGCGCCGCCGCGCCGGGAUCCUCUCACGGCUGUCGCCACACCAGGGUCUGAGCCCUGAGGCCGACGCUAACAACCACCUGACCUCAUGAUGUAGUGACUCCUCAUCACCUUCUCAACCUUCACACCUUGACUUGAGACAACCCCGUGGUUUAGUCAAAACAGCGAGCAGUUUCCAGCCCAAAUUUUCUAGUCUGUUUUUUUCAUGACCCUCAGGCCUUCUCAGCCUUGACUCUUGCCUUCUCAGCUGCUUUUGUAGAACACACAGACGACACAUAGUGCUUGUACCAAAACAUUGAUUGUGGGCUUCGUUUCAGCGUCACCCGGAACAAAAACCUCUAUGUGGCCUUCAGUUGAAAGUGUGUGUGUCAGCAGAUUUCUCUUCCAUGAAAAACGCUCAUUUCGGUUGGUGCUCUGAGCAAGAACUGGUCAUUUUCGCAGUGUAAUCUGAUCACGUGUGUCCGGUUACCAACAGCAGGAGGAGAAAGAUUCAGAACGGUUGAUGCUUCACCUGAGAAGAAGGUCCUGAGAGGAGGCGACCUGCAGAGUCGCUGGUCUAGCGGCUGGACUCUGAAUCUUAACUCUGUUUUACUUCCUAGAAGACGGACGAUGAAGUGUACUGAUGUGAACGGCUCACUCUUGACCAAGAAAAAAUGUUCAUUGUUGUUUACCUCCAUCUCUGAAAUGAAUUUUGUCUGAGGAUGUUUCAUUCACAGUAUCGCUCCAUGUCAGCUUUAGUCUAGAGGUGGAACUCGAUUUUUCAAUAUUUGACAGCAGAAUGAUCACGUUUGUCUUGAGUCUGUUGCCAGAUCCUGACACGUCAUGGUGGAGGUGCUCCGGUGAUGAGUGUACUCAGCAACAACAGCAGUGUUUGUGCUUCUAACUUGACGUGUUUCAAACUUCAAUUCCCCCUCCUUCAUGCAAUCUCUUUUACGCUCAUGAUAUACUAUGUCAGGCCUGGCCAACCCGAGGCUCGCGGGCCACACACGGCUCUUUCCCCAGUUUCCCAGAAGAGCUCUUCACCAAACGGGCCUCCGAACUGGCUUUGAUUUUGGUCAAGUUGUGAUUGAGAUGAUCGUUUAUACAGGAAAUAAGACGAAAAAGUAAGAGCUAUUCUGGCGAAAUGUCAAACUGUUGUUCAAAGACUUUGACCUGCGUAUAACUUUGGAACAUAAACAAUAAACCUCAGCGCUUCAAGCUCCCCCACCGCCGGCUUGAAGCAUGUUCAAUACCCAUGUGAGUCACGAUCCUAAGACUUGGAGAGUCAUCAGAUCCACUAUUAACACAAUUUACAUUACUUCCACGUUUCACUAUGUCAUUCUCUCAACUAAAGGUACGGCAAUAUUGUUUGUUGUGAAGUCUGUUUAAUUCGGUGGAGUGAAGAUGAGACGCUCCAGUCUUGCAGCGUCGCUCACACACAGCCACAUAAAAAACCAAAUAUAUGAGUAAAAUAAAUUGUGCACACAUUAUGACGCUUGAUAUUUGGAGGAGGAUCAUGCUAAAAUGUAUGAAUUUUCAAAAUACAUGCACAAGAGACGUACGCCAGAUGUGAGCCAGAAACCUUGUGACACAGAGGAAUGUGCUCUAACCACUAUACGGCCGCAACAUCACCUGACUGAGCUGUUCAGGUGAGCCUUACUUACACAAUCGUAGAAUGUGGCUCUUUUCAGCAACUCAGUAAACCAAUGUGGCUCCGAGCCUCUGACUGGUUGGCCACCCCUGUACGAUGUCAUCCACCGAAAACUGUUCCCUGUGGAAGGAAGUGUAGAGGUGAAUUAAUCUGUGUUAUCUGCAUCGCUGAGUUACUUUUGUGAGGAUUUAAUUCAUCCCAUGUCUUCAUGUGUUCAUGUCUUGAAGCCCCAGCCCUACUUCAAUCAUUGACUGAGAAGAAAGCCAAACAGCUUUGAACUCAUCCGUGAUGCAUUUCAAAACAACCCCUCUGUACUUGUAUUAAAAGUGUUAGAGUUCUUAAAUCCUCAGAGUUUGGAUCAGGACCGGAUCACAUUCUUCAGGAAUAGAUUCUUCAGAAUAAGAUUUGUUUUGCUUUUUUUGAAGGGAGGAAAUAUCACUUUCAGACGCAUUCUGCCCUUAAUGCCCAUGAGCAAAGGCGUCGAACUCAGACAUGUGUGGCGCCAAACUUUUAAUCGGUCGAAGCUGCGGCCUGAUCCGAGGAUAAUUCCAAUGUACAUCACAGUCUAAUGUGAUGGGAAGCUAAUAAGCAUCUCUCGCACUGUUUUCUCUUCUCGAAGCACAAAAAAACAGCCUACUGUCCAGUUCCACCCUUCUGCUUUGUUAUUAUUUAUGUAUUUAUUUUUCAUGUUUGCAGAUUCACUAUCGACAUCAAAGGUUAGCACUGCGGCCGCUGUGGAUCAUGACCAUAACUUGCUUCUGAGGUCGUCCAGAGCUGAAGUGUCAAGUGAAGUUCACGGUUAUUUGAAGGUCUUAUAGAAUGAGUCAGCAGGCCUUGAGUUUGGCUCGUGCUCAAGUCAAAUUCAGGACAGAAUAUUCAUCAAAGUGGACAAAUUAAUCAAAAAAAUGUGAGUGGAAAGAUGCACCAAAGUUUGAGGAGGACUGACCUGAAUUUCUUGAGAAGUGCGUGAGGUGUUGCCUGGACGUUACAUGGGUUGCAGUUUUCUGUCCGGAGCUGUAACUUCAACUGAUGCAUGAUGACCAACUGACAACUUCUGGUCCCUUAUUCACAUUUCUAUUCCAUUUUUUGUUAAGAUAAAACUGAACCAUUUUUGUUCUCUUUGCUCCUCUCAGGCUUCAGCCUGACUUUUCAAUGAUUUUGGGAUGGAGGGACGUCACUGGACGUUACUUCUGCUUGCUGCUGAUUUGAUGCUCUGUUGACCGCUUCAUGUUGUCUGUCUACUAUUGCAGGCGGUUGAUCAGAGGGAUGAGAGGCAGCAGGUUUGCAGAUGGGAGUCAACAAUGAUGGCAUGUUACUGGCCUCAUCCGUUUUUUCUUCCUACUCUUUAGUUACUGGCCCCACCAAGUCCACGUGAGAAGACAAUCGAUAUAAUGUAACACGACAAUAGUCGACAGGUGAUGACAUACUGAUAAUAACCUGAUCCACCACAGAAAGCAGUUUCAACAAAAGAAAACAUGCAUUUUCUGUCUGGGUGAUGAAGGCAAGAGGAGCCCGUUUUUGUUUACAAAGGGUUGAAGGUUGUUUAGGCACGAGUGGGUGCACACCCCCGCCAAGCAGCUCCUUACAAGCGAGACCAUGAAGGCACCAUCUCCCGUUCAAGUGGACUUCCUGGAUGGGGCGCACCGAACAUGACUCAUCUGUUCCGUGUGCCAUUAUCAGCAUUUCCUGAAGAUUCCUCAGAAGUGAUGUGUGCUCACAUUCAAAAUGUAAAAAUGAACUCAAACGAAUAUUCAAAAUCUGCUUGUUUUCAGCGCCACACAAUAAGCCAUAAUGUGUCAUACAUGUAUGGGUUAAAAUAUAGAUUGGUAUAAAUACAUUCCUAUGGAAAUACUCAUGAUGACUAUAUCGAGGAAAGACCACGUCCUACCAAGAGGGACAGUCGAUAUCAGUCGUAACAGGAGUUCAAAUCUAACAUUGUUCCUCUUAGUAAAGGAUCUGGAAACCACUUGAUCUGUCCCUGUUAGCCCCUCUUGCUGUAGUGUAUAAAAAGGAUGUCACAUGAUUUCCCCUCACUGACCACGGAGGUGUUGAAAGUAUCUGCUUUGUGUUUUCUAGCUAACUGACUGGUUGUUUGUUUAUUAUUUUUAUAUUUACUGUGAGCAGACCAGAGUGAGGUUUUAAUUUGUCUCUGUUGUAUUACGAUUUCCUUUUCCUAUCCUAAAAUAUGGUAAUUCUAGAAUAAAGCG